CCAAAGGCCCGAACAUUAUCCUAUCCAGAAUCUACUUGUCCCAUAAUCUGACACAAUUUUUCUGGCUGGAAUUCUUUUCCCAAAUCCCAUGGAUGACAUUCAAAUCCCCCCACACUACUUCCUUCCCCAACAAACAGAACUACUGCCAAUGUUCAGAAGUUUCUUACUUUUCUACUAUUUCACUCAAAAUCCUUGUUGACUUUUCCAUACUAAGCUUAGAACAUGCCAACGUUCACACUUAUUGUUACUUUGUAGCAAAUUUGAUUGAUACCCAUCUCCUUUUAUCCAUCAUAGAUCAGAAAACUUCCGUUCAUAUGGCAAUUUUCUUUCAUUUUUUGUCUAUAUUUUCGAGUACUAGUUUAUGGUCAUUUUAAAUGAAAUGGCGAUUUUUCAUGUCAUUCUGUGUGUAGCUGUGCUUUGGCAGAUUGGUAUAUCAUGGUGUGUAUGACAGGAUGAUUAGGACAUCGGUCCUUAACCAGACCCAUUUGUUGUUACCAGCAAAAGAUUCAUCAAAAAGCACAGAAUCUAAUUUGAGGUUGAAGGAGCAAGAAUGCUUGUCCCUUCUGAAGAGAUGCAGGAGCCUGAAAGAGUUCAACCAAGUCCAUGUCCAAAUGCUGAAGUUGGGACUCUUUUGGGAGUCCUUCUGUGCAAGCAAUCUUGUGGCAUCUUGUGCUCUCUCAGAUUGGGGCAGCAUGGACUAUGCCUGCUCGAUUUUCCGGCAAAUCGAGGAACCGGGUUCUUUUGUGUUCAACACCAUGCUCAGAGGGUACGUCAAGGAUGCAAGCUUUGAGGAAGCUUUCCUUCUGUAUGAUGAGAUGAUUGAGAGGGGAAUCGAACCUGACAAUUUCACUUACCCUCCUCUUCUCAAGGCGUGUGCCCGGUUACCGGCACUCAAGGAAGGAAUGCAAACUCAUGGACAUGUCUUCAAGCUUGGACUUGAAGUUGAUGUGUUUGUGCAGAACAGCUUGAUCAGCAUGUAUGGAAAGUGUGGAAAGAUAGAACUUGCUUGUACUGUUUUCAAGCAAAUGGAUCAAAGGAGUGUUGCCUCUUGGAGUGCCAUCAUUGGAGCUCAUGCUAGUAAGGGGUUGUGGUCUGAGUGCUUGAUGCUUUUUGGUGAUAUGAGUAGUGAGGGACGUUGGAGAGCUGAAGAAAGCACAUUAGUUAGUAUGCUUUCUGCUUGCACUCAUCUGGGUGCUCUUGAUUUGGGAAGGUGCGCACAUGGAUCCUUGUUGAGGAACAUUAGUGGACUCAAUGUUAUAGUACAAACUUCUUUGAUAGACAUGUAUGUGAAAUGUGGGUGCCUAGAGAAAGGGCUGCGUCUCUUUCAAAACAUGGGCCAGAAGAACCAAUUCUCUUACACUGUAAUGAUAUCGGGGCUCGCCAUGCAUGGACAUGGUAGGGAAGCUUUGAGAGUUUUCUCAGAAAUGCUUGAAGAAGGUAUUGCACCAGAUGAUGUUGUCUAUGUGGGUGUGUUGAGCGCUUGCAGCCAUGCUGGUCUUGUCAAGGAGGCACUCCAAUGUUUCAGUAGGAUGAAAUUUGAACAUGGGAUUGUACCAGCAGUUCAUCACUAUGGUUGUCUGGUGGACGUCAUGGGGCAAGCCGGGAUGCUCGAUGAAGCCUUUGAGCUUGUCAAUAGCAUGCCCUUUGCGCCGAAUGAUGUCGUGUGGCGGAGCCUUCUUAGCGCCUGUAAAGCUCAUCAUAACUUGGAAACAGGGGAGAUUGCAGCAAAGAAGCUUUUCCAAUUAGAUUCACUUAAUCCUAGUGAUUAUGUGAUUCUAUCUAAUAUGUAUGCAAGAGCUCAAAGGUGGGAGGAUGUGGCUAGGAUUAGGACAGAAAUGGUUAAAAAGGGCCUCAAGCAAACGCCGGGAUGUAGCCUAGUCGAGGUGAAGAGGAAAGUGUAUAAGUUUGUUUCACAAGACAUGUCUCACCCUCAAUGUGAUGGUGUUCAGGAGAUGAUCCACCAGAUGGAAUGGCAGUUGAAGUUUGAAGGCUAUUCCCCAGACAUAUCACAGGUAUUGCUGGAUGUAGAUGAAGAAGAGAAGAGGCAGAGAUUGAAAGCUCAUAGCCAAAAAUUAGCAAUUGCUUUUGCACUCAUACAUACAUCUCAGGGGUCUCCCAUAAGGAUAGCUAGAAAUGUAAGGAUGUGUAAUGACUGUCACACAUACACUAAAUAUAUUUCAGUGAUUUAUGAACGAGAGAUUACUGUAAGAGAUCGUUCUCGGUUUCACCAUUUCAAAAAUGGAACUUGCACUUGUGGUGAUUACUGGUGAAAUUGAUUCAUUUUUCUGCCCCAGCCUAAUGAUUCAUGGGGAAACUUCUUUUUACUCACCAUCUUGAAUGAUAUUUCCCCAAGAUAUAAAUUCCAUGAUAAGAAAAGAAAACAUUUAUAGGAGAGGAGGAGAUUGAAUAAACAUAUCUUGGGAAUUCUUUGAGCAUUUUUCUCUUGCUAAUGAUAGUGGCAUUUCCAUGAUGCAAGGAAGAUUCAUACCUGUAGAUAGAGAGAGGAACUCUUUUUACUAGAUCAAGGGGAGGCAUACCAAGUUCAAGAAGAUGCGAAAGCGUGCAGUUCUGCCCCCUUCUUCCAUAAUGAGUCACAGGCAGCACCUCAGAAAGCACGGCCGAGCCACAUGCAGGGAAACUUGAAAGUGUGGUUCUGGCCAGGGUCCCUGGUAUCCGGUACUGCCUGUCUGGAUGGGGGGCAUUGAAGCAAAAUUUUGAAAAUGGUUUUCAUUUCAUGCUAGAAAAUGGCUUCCACGGUUAUUAUCAUUCAAUCUAAAACAAAGAAUGAAAAUGAGAAGAUGAAGACUUUCAACAUUGUUGAAAACUGUUCUUGAAGAAGAUUUUAAGAAGCAUUACU